UCCUGACAGUUCCUGCUAGAAGCUCUAGAACAACAAGACGUUGGUAGUGAGUGGACAACUUGCUGUUCGUCUCCUUCUCCCUGGAUUGUGCGGAGGCCUAGGUGUACCUUGACUGUGUAUUUGACGUGCAGCACAACUCCUCUACUCCUCUACUAAACAUGCAUCAUUACCUGAGAGAAGCAGUGUGUAGUGUUCUAGUGUCCUUUGCAUUACUGCAAUCAUGUGAUGCGCUGCUGACCGAUCUGGAAAAGGAGCAGAUCCUGGACGUUCACAAUGCCCUGCGUGGAGAGGUGCAUCCAACGGCGGCCAACAUGAGGAAACUGACGUACAGCGACAGCCUGGCAGAGAUCGCUCAGGCUCAUUCCGAGGCAUGUCAGUGGGCUCCGAACACUGUGGCCGCCGCGCAAUUCCCCACCGGACUUGGAGAGAACCUGGGAUUCCGCUUCGGAUCGGAUAUGACCGCGGACAUUCAGCCUACGCGCUUCGUGCACGAGUGGUUUGCGGAGUCGGCGUUUCUCAACUUCACCAGCGGAUAUUGCGCACCGAAGGAAACCUGUACCCACUAUCGACAACUUGUGUCCGCUGAGUCCGAUGAGGUUGGAUGUGGCGUAGCUGAUUGCAAGAAGUUCCAGUUUCUCGGAAUGGCCCUUGAUAAUGCUACUUUCUUCGUGUGUCACUACACGCCAAAGGGCGUGAUUCAUCGCGGACUGCAACCGUAUGAGCAAGGAACGCCGUGCUCAGAGUGUCCAGCCAGCAUGGACCUGUGCAACUCAAACCUCUGCUCACUUCCUCCAACUGUGUCAUCAGCAGUAGGCAAUGUGAGUGCGAAUGUGAGCGGCAACGCCACCACUAACAGUACCAGCACAAGCAACGCCACAGUGACCGAGACCAGCUCGCUCGUGCAGCCCACUGACGGAUCUAACUUCCAGGGAGAGACAACAAGCAAGACCGUAUUCGGAAGGCCAGGCGGUAUCUACGAGACGUACCCAACAAUCAACACCGAUGCUGCAGUAGUGUCCGCCACCAAUGCCACCAAUGCCACCAAUGCCACCAAUGCAACAGAAUUGCCCACCGCUGAACAAAUGGCAACCACGGAAGAGCUGAUUAACACCGACGCCACCACCACGGAACACAGCAUGUUCGGAGCCAUGCCCACCGAAGGAACAACCACGGAACACAGCAUCUUCGGAGGCAUGCCUACCGAAGCCGCAACCACGGAACACAGCAUCUUCGGAGCCAUGCCUACCGAAGGCACAACCACGGAACACAGCAUCUUCGGAGCCAUUCCCACCGAAGCCGCAACUACGGAACACAGCAUGUUCGGAGCCAUGCCCACCGAAGCCGCAACAACGGAACACAGCAUGUUCGGAGCCAUGCCCACCGAAGCUGCAACCACGGAACACAGCAUCUUCGGAGCCAUGCCCACCGAAGCCGCAACCACUGAACACAGCAUGUUCGGAGCCAUGCCCACCGAAGCCGCAACCACUGAAGUCACCACCGGCGAAGCCACCUACAAUAUGAACACAACGGAGCGGUUAGAAAAGGUAGCAAACAGCACCGAACUGCCCGCGCUGGCCUCAACCAUGGAAGCUGCCACUGGACAGCCCACUACAUCAGACCAGACAACACAAACAGGGCAGGCGGCAACCCAGCAGGGCACGGCCGCAGCAGCAGCAGCAGCAGCAGCAAUCACAGCAUCAUUUCCUUUCGGCACCAAGGAAACUCCAUUUCCACCCACCACUGGUGCUGGCUUGCCCCUCGACCCGAUCCUGGACCCCUCCGUUCCGCUCGUCGAACUCCCCAGUCUGCUGCCAAAGGAAUGCUUGGCGCCAAUGACGGUGCAGGCGCGUAACGACUGCUGGGGCACUGCCUGGAUGCUCUGGUCUCGCAAGUACAGCCAGUGGACGGCUGGACAGUGCGUAGGGCAGACCUCACGACCCCUGAUGUGAACAGCGCCAAUACCGGAUUUCUUCACACCGACACAGUUUUGAAAUGUUUCCUUAUAAAAUCUCACCCACCUAACCUAUUGUAAGCCGUAACGCCCAGGCUGCAGAAAGUCAAAGUAUGUAUACAUGUAUGUAGUUUAUCUCCAUUGUAAUCACGUUCUUCAAUAUUCAAUAUUUCUUCCAUCGUAAUCGUUGCUUUUUUUCCUAAUUCCGAAAUGCAUGCUUGCGCGCUUUCAGAAAUGAUUUAAUCAAAGCCCCCUUCUCACCUGGGUGAAAAAGUAAUUCUAUCCCCAAGUUAAGUUCUCAAGUAUCAUAGUUCCUUGGUACUAGUUUGAUGACCUUGUGACUCCUGCUACAGUACCAUGAUCCGUACUAGUACUAGUACGUUUAGUGUGUAUGAAAAUGUACAUGUACAGUCAUGCAUGUAACUUAUAAAUACAAGAAGUUCACACGUGCUCGCAA